UAUCACAUAACAUUUUCUUUCGCAUUUAAUUUGGAACGUAAAUUGAAAAUUUUGAAUAAUUUAAAGUUUAAUCACCGAAAUUUGUUGAUACAACAGCAGGGCAUGCGUCUCAUGCCAACCGACGCGUUUUCCAUGCACGACAAGUGGUAAAAUCGAUAUCUACAUAUAUGUACGGAAAGUGAAAAUCACAAUUGACACGAGCGACCAAACCACGAGACGACACUAAAUAUCUGAGCGAUGCAUUCGCUUCACUGGACAUCGCGUAUGAUAUCACGGGCCCUGCGUAGCAGCUUUUCCACACUCUUGGAGUCUGCCACCGGGGCUGCGGCCAGCAAGGGUGGCGAAGGUGCUCUCAAGUCGUCCUCUCCGCGGCCACAUUUCGUGUCUGUGGUCUGCGGAUUCGCCAAGGACAACCUGCGUCACAAGUACAAGCCUGGAAAGUAUGGCGAGGACUCCUGGUUCAAGGCAUCCACAGAUCAGGCCGAUGUGAUGGGCGUGGCCGACGGCGUCGGCGGCUGGCGCAGCUACGGCAUCGAUCCGGGCGAGUUCUCAUCCUUCCUGAUGCGCACAUGCGAGCGCCUGGUGCAGUGCAGUCAUUUUAACCCGCAACGACCCGUCAAUCUGCUGGCCUACAGCUACUGCGAGCUGAUGGAGCAGAAGAAGCCCAUUCUGGGCAGCAGCACUGCCUGCGUGCUAAUCCUCAAUCGGGAGACGAAAACGGUGCACACUGCCAAUAUCGGAGACAGUGGCUUCAUGGUGGUGCGGCAGGGCGAGGUGGUGCACAAGUCUGAGGAGCAACAGCACUACUUCAACACGCCCUUCCAGCUAUCUCUGCCCCCGCCCGGCCACGGCCCGAACGUACUGAGCGAUAGUCCCGAGUCGGCGGACACCAUGAGUUUCCCCGUGGAGGAUGGCGACGUUAUACUCAUCGCCACCGAUGGCGUCUUCGACAAUGUGCCCGAGGACCUUCUGCUGGAUGUGCUGCGCGAUGUGGAGGGCGAACGGGAUCCCGUCAAGCUGCAGAUGACGGCGAACAGUCUGGCCCUGAUGGCCCGCACGCUGUCGCUUAACAGCCAGUUCCUCUCGCCCUUUGCCCUCAGCGCUCGUCGCAACAAUAUACAGGCACGUGGGGGCAAGCCAGACGACAUUACCGUCGUCUUGGCCACAGUGGCAAUGUAAAACUCAUAGUCGAGAGAUGUUCCCUUAACGUCAAUGUCCCCCGCCCUCGUCAAUGUCUCCAAAACUUAGUGAUUAAUGUUUAAUCGUAGCCCGUACGUAUUUAGUUAGCUUUUAGGAGUCUGUUUUCCGUGGUUCUGUCUAAUGUUUAAGCUUAGUGUUGAGAUAUUUUGAAUGAGACGAAAACGAACGAUGGCCAUAACGACAAGAACAACGACACGAACACCCCCCACUUUCAAUUGUUACAGAAAUACAUGCCCCACACUCAUAUAUACUAAACUAAAAUAACAUACAUACACACACCAAACUAAGCGAAGCGCAUCCUGGAGAGCGACCUAAACGCUAGAUCUGACCCCCCUGAUGUCCCAAAUCAAAGCGAAUGCAACGCCUUCAAAUGUAUACAUAACCCUCGCUAUAAGUAGUAAAGAAAAACAAACAAAAAACGAUUAUAAUAAAUGCAAAAUUAUCAGCCCGAAAUGAUCUUUGUCGUCAGCGAAGGCGUCAAGACAGAGGAGGUAGCGUUCUAAUCAACAAAAUAGAUUGCGAAACGAGCCCGUACCCUGGCGGAGGAGGAGGCAAUGGAUUGCGUUGAGGAGUGGAGUCAAAGUGCAUAAUGGUAUGCGAAUUAUUUGAACUGAGGAUUAAUACAAUCCAGGCAAAAAAUGGCGACUGUCUUUAACAAAAUUUACUGUCGAAAUGUACUCACUGAUAUUUGCGACCCAAUAAAAUUAUUCAUUGAAAACAA